UCGAAAUGAUUUGUAAAUUCAUGCCAAAAAUUAAAUGCACACAGACACAGUUAAUGUCAAUAAAAUUAAUUGGGCACACAAAGUAGACAAAAUUCAGCCAAAACCGAAAGUAAAAUACUUACAAAAAUUGUAAAUCGAAAACCGAAACGCACACUGUGCAGCGCAUUCUGGCGAAAUCGAAACUCGUUAAUCGCGAAGUGGCGCACGACUCCCCACCACCACAUUUUGCAUGCAUAUAAAAGCGUUUUUUAAUCCAAGCCACUAUGUCAAUUCAAUACGAUUCCCCGAACGCGUAGCACAGAGCACGGAUUAACGCGAAUACUCAAACAACUGAUCUUAUAAAUCACAUCACAUCGAAAUGCGCAGCUUACUCGUGAUCGCCUGCACCUUAGCCAUGGCUAUGGCCAUGCCUGAGCCUCCUUCCCGCUAUGGACCACCGCCAGCGCCACAAAAACAAUAUGGGCCACCACCCUCGGCACCAGCGGAGCAAUACGGCCCACCACCAACACAGCCACCCUCGCAGCCACUACCCGUUUACGGUCCACCAGCACCCUUCUACGGUCCACCACCAGCCACUGAAGCUAUUGUCACCAAGAAUGUGUACGUGCAUGUGCCACCAGAAGAGCCAGAGCUGUAUCAGCCAGCGGCACCUAUCCAAACUGCAGUGCCAAAGAAGCAUUACAAGAUCAUCUUCAUCAAGGCACCAAACCCACCAGCGCCAGCGCAACAAGUGCUCCCACCACCUGUACAGGAUGAACAUAAGACACUCGUUUAUGUGCUUGUGAAGAAACCAGAGGAACAACAGCCAUUAAUAUUGCCAUCACCUGCGCCAACCGAACCCAGCAAACCAGAGGUUUACUUCAUCAAAUAUAAGCAACAACAAAAGCCCGCUGCUCAAUAUGGACCACCACCAGCACCAGCUUCCGAGUAUGGUCCACCAGCGGCGGAGACAUUUUAAAUACCUAGCAAGUACCUUCAGAGAUGUGGUGUAGACGAUGCUACUUGUAUGUACAUAGUUGAGCGCUUACUAUUGUAAAUAGAUUUCAAUCCUCCUACUUGUACUUAGCACCUAUGUACAUAUGUAUGUACGUACGUACAUAUGUAUAUGAUUUUUUAAAUUAGUACAAUUUUUUAAGCACCUUCCAGACACAAUUUUUAUGCGCAUAAUGUUGAUUUUGUUAUUUUUUGUUUUUGUUGUUAUACCAAAAGUCCUAUUAAAUUAUGACAUACUUUAAUUUAGGUCCAUUUGGUUUCUUGAUUGAGGGCGGUAUGAGGGCUAGUUUUAUGGUGAUUCUUUCUACAAAUUAGAACACUGUCCUGUGUAAAUUAAAACAUAAAAUUUCUAAAAAUUGUGUUUAGUUGUCUAUAUUUAGUGCUUUGACGAGUCCCCAUAAUGAAAACGAUCUA